CUAAAAUCCGUCUCCGAAACUUCAAACAUUCCCAUGGCGGAUCGCAAUGCGCAAUUGGCCGCCCGCAUUGCUGCAGUGAAGCCAGUGCCGGCGACGGUGCAACUGUUGGAAAAACAGCUUUUAAAUGGCGAUCGUGACAUACGCGAACAAGGAGUGGAAUCCAUCACCAAGAUCCAACCCCCACCGGAGCCACUGACGGAUAUGCUGCACAGACUACUGCACCACGAGAAUUGGUACGCGCGGCGGACCACUGCAGCGGCCACCUCGAAAUGCGCCGAGUUGGAUGAAACGGCAGAAAUGGCCAUACACAAGGUCGCAGCUGCCCAAUUGGAGCAUGAGGACCCCGACGUGCGCAGCUGCGUGGCCUGUUCUUUGCUGGCCAUCUAUCGUUCGUCAUUGUCUGAGACGCCGCCCAAAAGCGCUGCGCUGGGCAUCGAGAGGCGUGUUUUUCCUCCGCCUGCUGCAAAGGAUGAACCUCCAAAAGGUGAUGAAGACGCACCAACGACUGCCAGAAGUGAAGAUUCCAUGGCGGGCGCCGCUGCCGCCGGCAAUGUGGAUACAGAGUAUGCAGAGUUGGCCGUCAUGGAAAUUGCCCAAAGAUUGGCACAUGACAAGCCGGAGAUUCGGGAGUUGGCGCUGAGUACAUUGUCUCAGAUGGGGGCAGCAGCGGUUCCGUACGGGAAGAAACUGGGUCAGAUGGUCGCUGACGACGAGGUCUCCGUAGUGGUGGCUGCUGUAGCAGCUUGGCAACAGCUGGGACCACACGCCGCCAGUGGCAUUGAGGAGGUUGUAAAGAUCCUUCACCACCAGCAGGAAUUCUAUCGACGUCAGGCGCAUAAGGUCCUUCUGGACGCUGCCCAAGAGUCUGGAGAGGAUGUGAUCGAAUAUGUGAUCAAGGCCCUCACAGAUCUCCAGAGCAAGCGGAAGGAAGAUCGUGACAAACAGUCGGGCCGGCGGACACCUCCAGGGUCGAAAGGCAGCUCUGAAGAGGCUCCUGUGAAAGUAGUGCUUCGCGCUGUUCUUACCCUUCUGUGUGACCUGGGACCCAUGCAGGGCGAUAUGGGGCCCCUGGUUGCUCCACAUAUGAAGGCCAUUGUUACCUUCAUUGAAGAUCCAGACAUCGAUAUCCGUGCCGUCGCUAUCCGAUGCCUCAUCGCCGCAGGGCCAGAGGUUGUUUCAGGCAAUGGCUACAAGGUUUUGAGGAAGAAGAUGGAACUGCGGAAUGUGACAAUCAGCAAGGCAGCCAUGGAUGUCCUGCGUGGUCUGGCGCCCAUCAAUCCUAUCAUCGCUGGGACGAUUGGUCAAGUGCUGUGGGAAGAGUCCUUGGAUCAGUUGCCAGAGACCAUGCGCCAGCGUUCGAUGGUGCUGAAUGUUUUGGGUGGCGCGCAAGCCAAUGCAAAGAAAUUCCUGGAGUACAUUGCAAGAGAGAUGGAGUCGGCAGACUUCAAGGUUCGUCGAGCGGCCAUGGAAGCCUUCGUGGACCUCAAAGAACAUGCUGUGCCUGCGAGCCCUGAGAUCGCCAAGAGACUCAUCCAUGCAGAUCCCUUGGUGCGCCGCUUGACAGUGGAGUGCAUUCAGCUGAUGGGUGUUCAUGGCAUCAAACUCCUUCCGCGCGUGAAGGGUUUGCUGGACACUGAAGAAGAUCCAGAUGUGAUCCAUGCCAUCAAGCGCGCCUUAGAAGGGAAGGGCGGAUUGGCGGCAGAUGUCCUAUCAAAGCCACGUCGGGCCAGCAUCGGAACAAGACGUGCCAGUCUCAAGUCGCAACGAAGGGGUGGAGUGGAUUCUGGUCAUGGCUAGAUGCGGGUGCUCAGCCGGUGAUGGAGAUGGAGAUCAUUCUAUCAUGGAUGAUGUUGGUUGUACC